AAGUUUCCAAUUGCGAUGUUGCCGCUGGCUCGCGCCGCCGCCGUCGUCGUGUGGGCUCUGUGCACGUGCAUAAGGGCUGCAGACGAAUGCAGUCUGCCCAAGUCACUCUUGACUGUCAAAUGCGGUCAUGUGGUUGCCGUGGAUAGCAAGACUAAGAUCUGUCCCUUCGACCCGGCGUCCUGUUCUGUGUUCGUGCCCGGGGACUGCUUCGAUGCCACGGGCGCAAACCAAUUGGCGGGCUUUACGCUCAAGUGCUCGUACGCAAGUUCAAAGUGCAGCUCCGCGAACGAAACCACCUUUCGCAGCGUGUUCGACACUGUGGAUGCGGCGAACCCAAGUCCAUUCGACGCAGUCCCAAACGCCAAGAGCUUGACGGAACUGGGCGCCGUGUGCUUCGACCGCCGGGGCAAAGACACGGGCAGUGUGGUGCUGUUGCGAGCCGAGCGGUUCUGCGUCGUCGAUACCAAUUGCCAACCGCAACCGUACACAAGCGAGUCGAAAGGCACGGCCCAAGUGCUGCUGGAUCUCAAGCGAGCGGGCGAGAACAGCGCCAGCCCCGCGAUCAACCUCAACCUGGAGGCGCUCGGUCCCGACCUGAGCGUCGACGGGUUCAAUCAAACUUUGACCAACGUCGUGACUCUCGACCUACGGUAUAACCGACUGACCAGCAUCAGCGACACGCUGUUCCCGACCAAAAUGGCAUUUCUGGAUGUGUCAUACAACUCGAUUACGUCCAUCGGGAAUCUCCAGCGCAAUGCACCGAGCCUCCAAAUCGUACUUGUGGCCAACAACAACGUCAAUACAUUGGAUGGCAUCAAGUUCCCGUCCAACAUGACGUCCAUAUCGUUCAAGAACAACUCGCUGCAAGGCACAGUCGACGCGUCUGCGCUCCCAUCAUCUCUCGAGACCAUCUUCCUCACACAAAACCAAAUCGCCCAAGUCAUCAACGCGUUCCCGCCCGACGUUUCGCUCAUAAGUCUGGCCACAAACAAACUGACUGCGUUUAACAUGGCAUCCAUCGGCGACAAGGUCCGGACGUUGCUCCUCGAAGAGAACCAAAUCCAGCAAAUUCAAGGCACUUUACCCGCCAAAUUGACCUAUCUGGACAUCUCGUCCAAUGGCAUCACGGCACUGCCAAAGUUCGCGCCCCAAAGCAAUUACUCCGUCUUGAACAUGUCCAUGAAUGCCUUUGCGUGGAAUGGCGCGUCGCCGUUUCCAGCUUCCGUCGCCGCCUUAAAUCUGUCGGGAACGCCCAUUCAAAAUGGCGAGCUCAACGUGUCCCUUCUACCGCCGUCGUUGGUCGCUCUGGACGUGAGCAACUGCGGCAUCAAAAAGGUCACGGGGGACCUGCCGCCAUCGCUGCGGUCCCUACGUCUGGACAAGAACGACUUGGAAACGUGGGUUGUGUCUUCCACCACGUACAAAGCGUUGGUGGCCAUGCCCGACCUGGUCCUGCCCGCCACCUCCGUGUUCAAGUGCCCCGAGAGUGGCACCAAGUACAUCAAACACUUCCCCGUGUGUGUCAAGGACCUGGUGCAAAACACCACCACCCCCGACAUGCCGUCGUCGUCAUCCUCUACAAAUUACGCCACGUAUGCGAUUGUGGGUGGGGGGGUGAUUGUGAUUGUGCUCGUGGGGGGGUACAUGUGGUACCAGCGACGUCGGGACGAGCGGAGCAGCAUCAUGUCCAAGUCGGACCCGAUGGACCAGGAUAUGUCCACUUUUGAUUUCGUCCACCUGGGCACGUCCAAGCGUCAUGAUUUGGGCGACGAAUUCAACCAGUUCCGCAUCCCGAUGCGUGAAAUCAACAUCAUCAACCCGCUCGUGGACCAAGGCGACUACUUGGCAGGGGCCCGGACGAUGCUGUACAAGGCGCAGUUCAACGAACGGUUGGUAGUGCUGAAGACUCUGACGACCGAAGGGACAGAAGUGAGCGACGCCGCCGCCGCAUUCGUGCAGCACAUUCGCCUGCGCUCGACGCUGGAUCACCCCAACAUCGUGGGGUUCCUCGGCAUUGUGUGGGGGAACAGGGCCAAGAUGGCGGUCACGGGGUACGGCCUCAUGCUCGAGUUUGUCGGCCAUGGGGACCUUGCCCGCCUCCUCGCGUUCGACGCGACCAAAGACCCGGCCGACCGGCUACUGCAGUGGCGGCCGCUCGUGCCCGCGAACGUGUCCAAGCUAGCGCUGCUGCAGCAAGUGGCGUCCGCCAUCGUGUACUUGCACUCGUUCUCGCCGCCCGUGACCCACCGCAACAUCCAAGCCAAGAGCGUGCUGCUGACCGAGACGUGGGACGCCAAACUGAGCGGGUUCGAGACGGACCCGUCGUGGAUUCCGUCGGAUUUGAUCAGCCCCCCCGAAGUGCUGCGGGGCGAGGCGUGGACGGAGAAGGCCGAUAUUUAUGCGUUUGGGAUCUUGAUCUGCGAACUCGACCUGGGCCGACACCCCUACGUGAACGACAAGAACCCAGCCAACAACAGCCAAAUCGCCACGCUGGUCAAGGCGGACCUUCUGCAGCCCACGUUCAGUGUCGAAUGCCCGCUUGAAGUGCAGGAUAUUGCCACCAAGUGCCUCCACUUUGACCGCAAGAGCCGCCCCGCCGGUGUCGAGAUGGAGUUUUGGCUACGGAAGCUCGUGCGUACGACGGCAGUAUGAGAAGACGAGGAUACAGUAUGUUGUUAGGGUACAGUAUAACGUUUGAUAACGUUAGUUAUGAUAUGGAGGGAGCAAACAACAUGCCCGUCCGCCCGCG